AAAUUAAACACAAGUGAAGAUAGUGAGGAACACAUUAAUUUUCACAAAAACCAUUUCCACUUUCAAAAACGUAGAUACCAACUGCGUUUAGUUCGGCCACUUUAUUUUGCUCCGUCUCCUUGUGCUUAUUCAAAGUGUAGUGCUUUACUUUUGCAACACAAAACAUCACUUCGUCCUCUCUCUUUUUUUUGUUGUUUGUCAAACAUCGUAAUUUAUCAAAUAAUACUCUCAUAAUGACGACAAUCCGGAUACUUUUGGUUAUUUCCAUGUUGGCCACUGUUGCCCCUGCCGCAGUAAAACGCGAUGAAUUUGGAGGUGCAAGUCCUUCUGCUGAGCAUCCAAACACCAGUUCAGGUCAAAACUAUCAAUCAGGUACCUCAGGUUCAUCCCCACAAAACAUGUAUUACUAUUAUUAUCCAGUUCAAGACAAGGGGAAGGAACAUGGAUACCAGGCCAGUUCAUCUAACCAGUUUACAAGCUCAGUGACACCAGGUAACGGUAAUUCGGGUUCUAGUGAGUCCGGUUCUCCUCAUACAUCUGCCCUGGAGACACCGACAAGUGGCCAAGAUUUAAGCUACUCAGCUCAAGAUCUCAGUUAUUCAGCACAAAAUCUUGGACAGGCUGGAAACUUGGGUCAAACUGGUAGUGCUGGUGAUUAUUCAAACCAAGCAGGUUCAUCUAACUAUGAUCAAUUGAGUAACAUUGCCAGUCAACUUCAACAAUAUGGUUUUGGAUCAAGUUCACCAGGCAAUUCAGCUUUUGCACCAGGCAGUCCAGGAUACUCUCCAUCUGGUUCAUCUUACCAUACAGGAAACAGCUACACCUUGAAUAGCGAUGGUAGUGGUUCAGGUUACUCUACUAGCUCUUCUUCUGGACCCAGCGCUUCAUCCUUCCCCGGUACUGGAAGUGAUGCCUCAGGCCCUUACUCACAGUCAGGACCAGUUCCAGGUUUUACUGGACCCGCUGCUUCAGGUGCCCCAGGCGGAUAUGGUGGACAACCAGGUUCCAUCCCAUACGGUUCACAACCCGGUUACGGUUACCAAUCACACGGAGGUUAUGAUGCUUACCCAGCAGCUAGCAACCAACACGCUGCUUACGAGCCACCUGCAUCAGGCUACCGACGAUAUGGAAUCGGUUCAGCCAUCUUACCAAUCCUCGCUCUCGCUGGAUUAUCACUCCUCAUUCCAACUGUAACAUCUCUGUCCACAGCUGCCACUGGUCGUAAACGACGAUCCAUUGAUACACCAGCUAAAGAUACCGGUCUUGGAUCUUACUUCGAACGCCUUGACCGAUACUAUACUCUUUAUAAGACAGCUGUUGAGCGUGAAGAAUGUAUGAACCGAAUUCUUUGUGAGCUUGGUGACGCCAUGAGCACUGUCCGAGGAAAGUCAACCUUAUUUAACGUAAUGGAGAAAGUUGCUCCAACAUGGAUGAAUAAUAAGGUUGGUGCCCUUAAAAGUGGUGCUCUUUCACCUGAAUAUGGAAAAUGUAAAAAGUAUACUUGCCAGUAAAAUAUUUCAAACUUAAACCACCGCCAAAACAGUUUAGCAAGAUCACUUUUUUUUCAUAAAAUCACAAAUAAUUUGAAAAAAUGCGAAAAUAGGUCAUCUUUCACAAUGCGAACAAAUCUUAAAUCAAAUUUAUAAAACAAAACAAAACAACCCACCUAGGAAAAUUAAUAACAAAUUAAGGUAUUAAUCCUGGAAGGAAAAAAAAGCGAAUCGUAUAUACAAAUAAUAUUAAUUUAUCAAGCACAACCAAUUCCUACAUUUGUUUCACGAUGUGACAUCAAGGCAAAGAUUACGACCACUAUGAGCAGCCCAGCAAAUGACCACGAAAGCUACAAAAUUAAAAAUACAACAAAAAUAUUAUCAACAUUAACUAAUAAUAUAUAAAUAUAAAUGUAUACUUAUAAAUAAUAUAUCUGAUUGAAUAAAGAAAGAAAAACUAUGGAUCCAUCAAAGUAGGAUCCAAUUCCAACAAGACCAACCACCAAAAUGACCCCCAACAAACCCGUUAGGAUUAAGAACCACCUUAACUGCAAUAAUCAAAAUCUCCGUCACGAUACAAUAAGCCGAUCAACUCUUUUCUAGGUUACUCAAUAUGUCUUUGUCUUGUCUCAAUCAAGUGAUUGUCCCAAGUCAAUUUUGUUAUCGCUAUAUUUUUUUAAAUGAUUGGUUUACAACUUGGUUUCGCUAUUUGGCCCAUCAUCAUCAUCACCACCACCACUACUACCAUCAUCAACUAUGAAGAAAAAAUCAAGAGCAAAGAGGAAAUAUUAAAGAACAAGCAAAAAAUUAAACAAGGAAUUAUGGCUUAAAAAUUAAAAAAUAAAACGAUAACCCACCGGUAACAUCAAGCAUCAACGUCCCCUUCAAUUUCAAACAAAUUUCAAAUAAUGACCAAAUAAAUACAUAUCUUUUGGAUGUUGUUCAUGAUCAACAAGAUCAAGACAAAUUGUUGGCUUGAAAGGUGCCAGUCAGAAUUAUUUUCAUUUUCUCAUUCUUUACCUCUUUUUUUAUCCUCUUUCCCUUCUCUUCAUAUCUCAUGUUUUCCUUCUUUGACUUGUCCUUUUUUCUCGAUUGUUUCUUCUUGAUGGUCCAGUUUUUUAAAAAAACGGAGAUUAAAGGAGAAAACAAACACAAAAAUUUAUAAAAUGAUAUUAUAAUUAAUAAUAAUUAAGUAACAAAAGGCCAAAAUUAAAAAAGAAAAUAUUGAAAAAAAA